GUUUGUGACAUCACUCUAGAUAUUAGCUAUACCAUGGCGAGAUGGCGUCACCAAAUGAGUGGCUUUUACUUUGUUAAUGAGCAUUGUAGAGUUCUAAAAAUAUUUUUAGCACAUUUCUGGAAUACUACUUUAUCAAUUCAGUUUUAGUGGCUGACUUUUAUGUUCACUUUAAAUCAUUGGAUGUAUGUCUUCAUGUGAUUUGGUCUUCUUUAAAAUAUAAGGGCAUGUGCACUUUCGUCUGGGUGAGCCGAACAGCUAUGUAUCACGUAGGUGCCUGGCAUUGUGCCGAGAAAAUAGUGUCUAUUCAGUACCUUUAUGAUUAGUGAUUGACAUUUUGAAGUCGUACUCAGGAGCAGGGAAACUGGACUGAAAGUGAGUUUCUGUCAGUACCAAAUUAAGCAGGGGUCUGUUGGCCUGCCUAUGAAAUACGAGUGUUUUCUAGAAGAAAAAAACAAGAGUUUGGUGUGAUAGAAAAAAUUGAAGAGCAUCUUGGGUGGUUUUAUGCAGCAAUAUGGCAACUAACAGAGGCAGUGGAAAACUAGAUGAUUGGGAUGGAGGCCAUUUGGAUGGGAAUCAUGACGGCAAGGUUAGACAGACAUCAUCAGGUCGACCCAGAGCAGACAGUCAUGGAAACUUACAUUUGCAAUCUGGGGCAGGAUCUGGGAGGGCGGUUGAUGCUGGUGACAGACACUGCAAUGACAUGAGCUCAUCCAGGACAAGAACGCCAUCAAGUCUGUAUGAAUCUGUGCCACUGGCUGAGCAGCACAGCCUCACAGGACACUGUUUCUCUCGCUCUGACACCUCUGAGGACACUGUGGACACUGAAUAUUCUGAGCAAGGCAGAGAAGAAAUCAUCUCGGAAACAGAAGAAGUGUUCAAAAAUAAGGUGGUUGUACAGGCAUCAGUGGUCAUCAUGCCAGAAGCUUGGAUUGCACUGAAACAAAACAGGAAUCUGAGAAAAUGUGUUCCAAGUGGUGUCACACAUCACAAGAGUUUCAACAAACAUAAUGAGUGUGUGGGUAUAGAAGUGAGAGGAUGUUGGAAAUCCAUUGAUAUAGUAACCAGCCUUGCUGCAGAGGCCUGGAUGGCAAGUCAGCCGAGAGGACAGUUAAAAGAGAAAAAGAGGCAAGAAGGAGAGCUUGACCCAGAACCACUGGCAGAUAAACAACAGACAAGACAGAAGAGAAACCCUAAGCUGAACCCAGAGAAAACUGGGAUAGAGCUCCCGAGAACUGACCCCUGGGGUAAUAGCAGUCACACUGAAUAUAACUCUCCUCCUGAUGGACUAGGAAGAGAGGAGACCAGUGAGCAGAAACACCGUGAGCUGGACCUAGAGAUAAUUGGGAGAGAAAACACAAGGGCAAACCCCAGGGGCAGUGGAAGUGAUAUUGACUAUAAUGCUGCUCCUGCUGAACUAGGGAGAGAGGAGAUGACCAGAGAGAAGAGGUGCUCUGUGCUGGAUCCAGAGACAACUAAGGGACAACACACAAGGAUAGACCCCAGGGAUGUGAGAGGUUACGCUCCUCCCCCUGAUGGACAGGGAGAUAAAGAGUUGACUAGGCAGCAGAGAAUCCCUGAGCUUGACCCCCCAAAAAGUGGCAAAGAACACAUGAGCACCAGCCACAAGAAUGCUGGCAGCCACACCGUCACUAACACUGCAUCAUUGGACGAAUCGUCAGAUGAAGCCCUGUCUGGUGAGUCUGAUAGUUCAAACGGUGACAAAGAAAGAACUAGUGAGGAACAUAAGUACACAUGGACAAACCUUAGCGGUGCUGCAAGUGACAGGGGCAGAAAUCCCACUGCUAAAUCCCAAAAAAGGCUUCCCUCAGACAGGAGAAAAAAUCGAACUUUUUCAAAACUGGAAGGCCAAACAGGGAUGGUAUUCUUUACUGAAAAGUUGAUUCUGAAGGUUUAUGAAGGAGACAUCACAUCUUUGUCGGGGGUAGAUUGUGUUGUGAAUUCCACCGACCAGCAUCUCAGACACGGUGGAGGGGCGGCUUUGGCUAUCAAGAGGGCAGCUGGACCAGAAUUUGAGAAGGAGUGUUCAAAUCUUCGCCAGCUGGACCUUGGCAAAUGUGUGUCCACGAGAGCUGGAAAGCUGAACUAUAAGAAAAUACUUCAUGUAACGCUGCCAGUGUGGAAGAGCCAGGAUGAGAAGAGUUGUAUUGCAGCACUGCAAAAAUCAGUUGAGGCUGCCCUGCAAAAAGCCGAGAAAGAGGAGAUGAAAUCUAUGGCGUUAUUAGGAAUUGGAACAGGUGUUCAGCGUUUCCCAAUAGAUAAAUGGGUAUCAGCAGUAGUAGACAUUAUUAAGAAGUACAGCAAGACAAAGAAACCUCUUGCAGAAAUUCAUUUUGUGGACACUAAAACUGAUCUCCUUCAACACCUAAAGAUAGCUCUUCCACAAGCAUUUCCCAGAUCCACACAAGGAAUGUUGCCACCUCAGGAACAUUUAUCUCAAAGACCUAUGUCAAAUGGGACGUCAGCUCAAAGGUUUUCAUCCCAGGAGUCAUUAGCGGAAGGGAAGCCCACAAAGCAAGGGUCAAGACUUGGAGCAGGAAAAGCGUUGGACUACGGCAUGCCUGCUGUCUUUGACAUCAGCUCCUCUUGCAAAUUAGUUAUUGACAACAAAGACAUUAUAAAAUUCAAUGGGGAUGCAAUUGGAGUUACAGAUGACAGACACAUGUUUGGACUGAGCCCUCUGUCUCGUGCUGUUGCAUCAGCAGCUGGAGAGUCCUAUAUUGGAGAAAAGAUGAAGAAGCGGUAUAAUUACAUGUAUGUAAAAAUUGGAGAUAUCAUUGUGACCAAGGCUGGUGAUCUACACUGUGAAUAUAUUCUACAUGGCAUCUGUGACAUUCACGACAUGGGAAAGCCUGAAUUCAGUUCCCUGGUGCGAAGCAUGCUGUCAAAGGCCAGUCAUCUGAAAGUGAAGAAAUUAGCUAUCCCUGCCCUCUGCACAGCUUCCACAAGAUUUAAGGUAAGAGAGGGCUGUGAGUUACUGGUUAACGAUAUCUGUGAGUUUGUGAAGAAAAACCCCCAGUGCACCCUGACAGAGAUCAAUAUGCUGGACAUCGACAAACAGAAAGUUGAGCAGCUUUGCCAGUCCAUUUCCAAACUAGAAUCUGCGAGAGCGGUCUUUCGUGCAGCACUGACAACUUCACAGACGUCACAGUUAGAAACCCCUUCAACGCAGGGGGCAGCAAGAAUUGCUUCUGCAAACAUGACAUCACCAGUCCUGAGCUUCAGUCUGCCAGUUACCAGCACGUGUCAAGUUACUGUUCAGAAGAAAGAUUUGGCAGACUUUGAUGGUGAUGCCAUUGUCACUGGUACAAGGUCCGUGUCACAAAGACGGGUGCGUUCUAGGAUGAGAGAUAUAGUAUCAGCAAUAGCAGGAGAGACGUAUGAGAAAGAGAGGAGAUGUCAUCAACCUGGAAACGUGAUUGUGACCAGAGCCAGAGGUCUCAAAUGCAGAUUUAUUUUGGUUGCUAUCCAGGACAGUAUUAUAAGUAAGGACAGAGGAAAGAAAGAGAUUAAAUCAUUAGUGAAUGCAGCCUUAGCCCAGGCAAGCGCCGAUCACCUGAGGACAAUAGCCUUCCCUGCUAUCUGGGAAGAGACAGGGUCAUCAGGAUUUUCCCUUGGUGAAUGGCUUGAGCUCCUUGUGGCAGAAAUAUGCAGGUCUGUUCAGGAUCAACCGCGCUGCUCUCUAGAAGAGAUUUAUAUACUGGAUACAGAUGAAGAUACAGUUCAGGAAAUCUUCCGUAUCCUCACAGAUCAUUGGUCAAGGAAGACACUUAGGGAACCUGGUAGGAUAGCCCAAGGUACUCAUACAUCUGCUGCUGAGGUUUUCACCCUGUCCAAGAACGAUUUGGACAAUGCUGCAAGACAUAAGCAAGAUGUAGUGCAUGGAAACCAGCCUUACAAUGCUAAUCAAGUUUGUUAUAUCUGUUCUAGCAGAGAGCGGAACCAAAUACACACAUGUGAAUGUGGUCGUCAAAUGUGCAUCAAAUGUAAAGUUAAUCUUCAUCGUUGUUCCUUGGAUCAGAAUGGGGUAAAGGCAACCAAGACAAUCCCUGUUACAGAGGAUAUGCAUGGGGAGAAAAACCAGACUGAAGCUUUGUGUACCAUAUGUUUGUCCACAAUGAAACGCCCAAAGGUGUUGCACUGCGGUCACAUGUUCUGUAAAGACUGUAUCGAGCAGUGUUUUCAUAAAGGCUAUAAGCUCUGUCCAGUUUGCAAGGCUGUGUGUGGUGUAGUCACUGGGAAUCAACCUAAGGGGACAAUGAAUGUUUCCCGAACAAGUACUUCAUGUGAUGGCUAUGGGCGUUGUGGUUCUCUAGUCAUUGACUACAUAAUCCCUGACGGUAUACAAGAGGACUGUCACCCAAAUCCAGGUAAAUACUACAAAGGUCUUCGGAGGACAGCUUAUUUACCUGAUAACAGAGAAGGUAACAAGGUUUUGAAAGAUAUACAGCAAGCGUUUAAUCAACAGCUGGUGUUCACCAUCGGACGCUCAGUGACCACAGGCAGAGAGGACGUGGUCACCUGGAAUGACAUUCAUCACAAAACAGCUCAACGUGGGGGGCCUGAAAAGUUUGGCUACCCUGAUCCAGGGUAUCUGAGACGUGUGCAGGAAGAGUUACAGGCCAAGGGCAUUGGAGGGUCAAGUCACGAAGGGUCCCCUGUGUGAUACAUUGUCAGAAAAUCUUACAUAGGAGGAGCUACAGGCUCCUACAGGCUACAGAUGACUACUGGAUGGUCAUCACAACAUGUCCCCUGUGUGGUGCACUAUUUGAGUUAGGCAUAUGUAGGAAGGUCCACAGGCCAAGGGCACUGGAAGGUCUAGUCACAAUAUCACCCUCUUGAGAUGCCUUCUUUGAGUAAGAUACAUAGAAGAGUCUACAGACUAUGCACUGGAAGGUCACGUCACAACGGGGGCGCCGUUGUGAUGCCCUGUCUGAGUAAGUCAUACGUAGGAGGCUAAGGUAAUUGGACCUGUGCGUUACCCGUCAGAAUCACGAACUGUGGGAGCUGCAGUCAGUUUCAUCACAGCAUGAAGUGGGAAUGAUUAGAACUGAAGGUAUAAUGUCACCAUGGUAGUUUAGUACACCUAACGCUUAGUGUUCUUCCUGUUAAAUAAGGUCACUAUUUAUACCAAGGUGAGCAGGGUUAUACUUGCAUGGCAGAGUCCAGAGUAUACAGAAGGGAUGCAGAUUGACUAAAUAAGCACGACCAUUUGACUAACUGACUUGACUAACUUACAGUGCCCUUGGACAGGCUGUCACAAUAGAGACCUUUAGUUACAAGUUGAACUUUAAGCUUCUAACUAAAGGUCUCUACUGAAAGCAUCCAUACCUUCUAUGUUUCCAAGUUAUGCUCAUGUACAUGUAAUAAUGUGGCUGUCCUACAGAGUGAUAAGAUAGCUUUAUGAUUUCUUCUGUGUACAUUUAAUAAAUGGUACAUACAAAAGUACGAAAAUUCUGUACUCUAACCUUUAGAUUGGUUUGUUAUUCCUAUAUUUUCUUGAAUGUUGCUUACCACCUUAUGUUACUACUUCAGAUUUAUUUGAUUGGUGUUUUACGCCGUACUGAAGAAAUAUUCACUUAUACGAUGACUUCAGAUAUAUUACUACAUGUAUAUCAAAAUACUGUUGCAUGAAUGGAAUGUUUUGUGGAAUUAAAUGUACAUGUAUAGUUUGUUACUAGUAUGAGUAAUUAUAUAGGCUGGUUAAGUAUUUUAAUCAUGUUUUUAUGAAUCAUAAAUGUUUAUGUGUAUAAAAUUGUAAAUUCAGAGGUCACCUUUGUUAUUUCAUCACUUGUUUAUGACUUUUGUGUUGCAUUACAUGCUAAUCAGAGCCAAAUCCUUGAAGCCUUUUAACAUUCAAUUUAAUUGUUUUUGAUUUUGAACAAAUUGUAUACUUGUAUGUAUAAUGUAUCUUGUUUUGGAUUCUUUGUUGAUUGCUUACACAAUGGAGCUCGUUUAAUUACUCCAUACUUAUGUUUUAUACCUGGAAUUUAAUAUGCUCCGGUUUUAUCCGUCCUUUUUCAAUGCUGAACAGUAGUCCUGUUAGCCAUGAAACUCAAGGUGCUUGUUUAUGUACAAGAUAUAAAACACAAAGCUACAUUUGUUUGUAAAUAACAUUUUAGUUUCAAGUUGACUUGAAGUAAACAUUCAGUCACCAUUUUGAAUUCGAAGGUUUUUUCACUGCUGAACUAGAAGGAUUUUGUUUUCAUCUCUUGUUGCUAUAGUGAUGUAUUUAUUUAUUUGAUUGGUGUUUUUACUUCAUACUCAAGAGUAUUUAAUAUUUAAUACGAUGAUGACCAGCAUUAUGGAGGGAGGAAACCAGGCAGAUUGCUGGUGGAACUUGUCUGUAUGACCGACAAUGAAGCCAGUUAGAGCUGGACUUGAACUUAGACAGACUUCUGUCUCACUGUGCUGUGCUAGCACUCUGACAUCUUGGCCUGUAAUAAAGGCCUCUGUAGUAAUAUACUGUGUGAAACUGAGUAUAACUGUGUGAAUUCUAGUUUUAAUUAAAGCCAUAUAAAUAUGUCCUUU